GGGAGAGGACCGACGCCAGCCCGGGCCGAGCCGCGGAGCCUCGACCACCGCGCCCCUCCACACCGCCGUCUGCUCCGGACUGUUGGUAUCUCCUGCACCGCUAACUUCUCCCCGUGGCUCCUCAGACUCCGGCUCCAGCUCCCCUCCUAAAGCCCCGCUAGCCAGGAGGCAUGAAGUUGGAGCCGGGGCUGAGCAGCGACCCGCAGCUGCAGUUCAUGGUGGCGACAGAGAAGGAGUUUGAGGAGAUCCUGGCCAUGUCGAAGGACAUCUAUGGGGGCCUGGAUUAUCUCCCCAGCCGCUACCACGCCUGGAUCCGCGAGCCCAACCGCACGGUGGUGCUGGCCAAGAAGAACGGAGAAGUGAUCGGGCUGCAGUCGGUCUGCGUGGUGGACGCUGGGGAGACGGCGCUGGUGGAGGGGCUGCGCGUGGCGCCCUGGGAGCGGGGCAAGGGCGUGGCUGGCGUCCUGCAGCGGUUCUGCACCGAGCUGGUCAAGGAGCAGCACCCCGGGGUGAAGGUGUCGCGGCUGACGCGGGACGACAAACUGGGCCCCAAGGACUUCAAGAAAUACCGGCUGAUCACCAAGCAGGGCAUCCUGCUGGUGCGGUUCAACGCGGCGGAGCUGCUGGCCCGGCUGGACACUGCUGUGGCCCAGCUGCGGUCAGGCGGCUUCCAGCCGCUGCCCACGGAGGCGCUGGAGCCAGGCGAGGUGCGCGGCGUGGUGCUGAGCCCAGCCUUCCAGAGCGAGGUCCUGCCCAACCGCACCAUCAUCCAGGACUGGCAGCCCUACAAGCCCAGCGAGCCCAACCUGGCCCUGCUGCAGCAGAAGCAGCUGCACUGGGUGGUGGAUUGCAAGGCUCGGCCCACGGCAGCUUCCCUCUGCACCCAGCCCUUCCCCAUCCCGCUGGGCGAGGACUGGGUCUACCUCAACAUCGACGCCUUCGGCCGCCAUGCCGCCCACCUCAAGAGCCAACUGCUGCACCACCUGCGGGCCCGCCUGCCCGCCCUGCGGGGCAACGUCAUGUGCCAGCUCUUCCUGGAGCCCAGCCUCUGGGGGGAGCUGGCUGAGUUCUGCCGGGCCGGCCUGCGGCUGGAGCUGGCCAAGGGCUACACCGAGCAGUACCUGCUGGAGGCAGAUAUCUAGGGAGCUGGGGGGCGGGGGAUACUCCUCCCCACUUCCUGGCCCCCCAGAAGCACUUUCUGAGCCUUGUUUCCCAUCUCCCCCCAACCUGUUCCUGGCCCCCUAAAGAACUCCCCUAGGAGACGAGACUCCCACCCAGUUGCUUGGCAAGCCCUAGCGACGGUGGAUGGAGCUCAGCAACAGUCGGCAUGGCGAUGGAACCUAGUGAUGGUUGACAGAGCCUAGCAACAGUUGACAUGGUGCCAGGGCCCAGAUGGUUGGCAUGACAAUGGAGCCCAGUCACUGUUGAUGGAUCUUAGCAACAGUUGACAUGGCAACAGAGCCCAGUGAUUGUUGAUGGAACCUAGCAACAGUUGACAUGGUGACAGAGCCCAGAGAUGGUUGGCAUGGCAAUGGAGCCCAGUGAUGGUUGAUGGAUCUUAGCAACAGUUGACAUGGUGUUGGAGCCCAGAGAUGGUUUGCAGGGCAACAGAGCCCAGUGAUGGUUGAUGGAGCCUAGCAACAGUUGACAUGGCAAUGGAGCCCAGUGAUGAUUGAGGGAGCCCAGCAACAGUUGAUGUGAGAAUGGAGCCUGGUGGUGGUUGGCAUGACAACAGGUCCCAGUGAUGGUUGAUGGAGCCUAGCAACAGUUAACAUGACAACAGUGCCCUGCAAUGGUUGACAGACCCUCCCACAGGCUGCUGGAUCCCUGAGAUGGUUGCCAUGCUGACGGAGCCCUAGCAAUGGCUGCUGGAAACCCAUGUGCAGGGCUCAGCUGUCCCCUCCCACCAAAAAACCCGCCUGGAAGCCAGGCCUAGAGCCCCCCCCC